AUGGCGAUUGAGUUAAUGGUAUUGGUAUUAGUGUGGUUAACAGAAGCAGCAGCAUCAUCAUCAUCCGCAUUAUCUGUAGCAAAGCCUGGUUGCAAUGACACAUGCGGAAACGUGACCAUUCCUUACCCAUUUGGGUUUGUAGCCGGUUGCUAUGCCAACCACCACUUCUCAAUAACUUGCAACUACCCUUUCAAUCCACCCAAACCUUACCUCACUACCUACAACCUUGAGGUGCUUGAAAUUGAUACUUCAUCACGAUGGUUCAGUACCGUUGUCGUCCUUUAUCCAGUGCUUGCUUCUGAUUGUCAAAAUUGGACUAAUGCUCAUGGACUUGUGAAAUUGUCCAGUCCUUUUUGGUUCUCUCGACGGUUUAAUUAUUUCACGGGGGAAGGUUGUGACAAGCAGGCCUUAAUGAGGGGCCACGGAGGAAAACUUUUAGGUGGAUGCAUAUCAAGCUGCAGGGACAAGGUGGAUUUAAAUAAUGGAGGAAUCUGUCAGGCCAGACUCCCUCCAUCACUCAGCUUCAUCAAUGCAUCUCUAAGCAGCGUUAAUACUGAUUCCAAGAAUAAUGCUGAUCUUGAAAAAGAAUGCCAUUAUGCCUUCAUCUCGGACCACGAAUGGGACUACUAUAACUCCACAGAUCAACAUGCCAUGCAAGUAACGGGGCGUGUUCCUGCUGUGCUGGAUUGGGACACACAAGGAGAGUGCGAGUCUUUUAGCAGCAUAUCCGCGUCUUCUAAUGAAAACAGCAUGCGCCGGCCAUUAUGCAAAGCAAAGCAUUCACGCUGCAGAGAAACAAGAAAUGAUUAG